AUGGCUAUGUUCAACGCACUGCUGCGCUUCACAACUUGCAUCAUUGGGGUUAUUCUUUCUUUAUAUGCAUUGCAUGUUGAAAUUGCAAAGGAAAAAGACGCAGAUUUCAAAGCAAUGUGUGAUAUAAGCGAGAAAAUGAGCUGUUCAAAGGUGUUCAACUCAAAGUAUGGAACUGGCUUUGGAAUUAUUGGCCCAGUACUAGGGGAAAGUUCAAUGUUCAAUGUGCCAAACAGUAUUUAUGGGAUUGCAUUCUACCUACUCACAAUGACACUGGGUUUUGCAAGAUCAAAUCAAACUGCAGCAAAGCUUUUGGUCUUCACAUCCUUGAUUGCUUGUGUUGGUUGUGUCUAUUUGGCUUAUAUUCUUUACUUCAUUCUGAAUGAUUUUUGUGUUGUGUGUUUUAUAACCUACAUUUUAAACUUCUUUUUGCUAUUCCUAAACCACCAGAACUAUAGACAGCAGAGAAAAAAUAAACAAGAUUAAACUUGCUAAAAAUUUGCUGUUAACAAGAGAUGUACUGAUAUGACAUCACUUAUCAAUAGAUUGAAAGGGUAAAUGACUAUGA